AUGACUAAACCAACCCCAUCAAUAACUACUGAUAGCAAGCAACAAGUGGAGACAAAAGCAUCAACCCCAGAUGAAGACCCAGUGACUCAUACACAACAACCAAUCAUAUUUGCACCAAAGACCUAUCAAUACACUAAAGGUCACUUGGAUGUGAAAGAUGUAUCACCCAACCCUUUUGAACAAUUCCAUAAAUGGUUUAAGGAAGCUCAAGAACAAUUGCCGCCCAAUUCCGAUAUCAUUGUUGAAUCAACCAAUUUUUCAACUGCCAGAUUACCCAGUGGUAGAGUAUCUAGUCGAAUUGUAUUGUUGAAAGAAUUGGACAAGUACGGAUUUCUUGUCUAUUCCAAUUGGAACACUUCCAAAAAGGCCGAAGAUUUCAAUAGUAACAAGUAUGCUGCAUUAACAUUCUUUUGGCCCCAUGUGCAACGUCAAGUUAGAGUUGAAGGUAUCAUGGAACAUGUGACUAGAGAAACCAGUGAAAGAUACUACAACACUAGACCGAGAGGAUCCAAGAUUGGUGCUUGGGCUAGUCCGCAAAGUACAGUCAUAUCAUCAAGAGAUGAUUUAAGUGACUUGAACGAUGAGUACACGGAGAAAUUCAAGGAUUUACCUGACGAUGCAAUCCCAUGUCCUGAAUAUUGGGGUGGUAUAAGAAUUGAACCAUUAGAGGUGGAAUUUUGGCAAGGUGGUGUUAGUAGAUUACAUGAUAGAGUUACUUUUAGAAGAGAUGAUAUUGCCAACCACAAAUGGGAGAUUGUUAGACUUGCACCAUAG